AUGCACAUUAAAAAGAUAGCCAUACAGGGCUUCAAGACUUACAAGAAUGCCACUGUUAUUGAUGAUUUGAGUCCCCAUUGUAACGUUGUUGUGGGGAGAAAUGGAUCAGGUAAAUCCAACUUUUUUGCUGCAAUUCGAUUUGUGCUUAGUGACGCGUACACACAUAUGACAAGAGAAGAAAGACAAGCACUAAUACAUGAUGGAUCUGGUACUGUUAUGUCUGCUUAUGUUGAGAUUGUUUUUGAUAACACUGAUGGACGUUUCCCCCUUGCUAAAUCUGAAAUAUCCAUUAGAAGGACUAUUGGUAUGAAGAAGGAUGAUUAUUCAUUGGAUGGGAAAUCAGCUACUAGGUCGGAUAUUAUGAACUUGUUGGAAAGUGCUGGAUUUUCAAGAUCAAAUCCAUACUAUAUCGUCCCACAGGGAAGAAUCACCAGUUUAACUAAUUCAAAAGAUCAUGAGAGAUUGUCAUUGUUGAAGGAAGUGAGUGGUGCUACCGUGUUUGAGAGUAAGUUGAAAGAGUCAAUGAAGGAAAUGAACCAGUCUACAUUGAAGAGACAAAGGAUCGAUGAGGCAUUGGAUAGUAUAAAUGAAAAGAUUAGUGAUUUGCAAAUUGAAAGUGACGAUUUGAAGGAGUUUCAAACAUUGGAGAAACAAAAGAAAGUGUUGGAGUACAAUAUAUUUGAUAGGGAGUUCAACGAAUUGAAUGAUUCAAUUAGCGAAUUAGAAAAUAGGCAUCAACAAUUGAUGACUGAUUCACAAAAGGAUUUGAAUGAAAUGGAGCAAAGAGAAAAAUUGUGUCUGCAAUUGCAAACAUCUAUCAAUGAGUUGAAAGUGUCAUUGAAAGUUUUAAAAUUGGAAAAAGAGCAAACAGAUUUGGAUUGUAAUCAAUUGUUGAAAAGUAUUGCCGAAAAGGAGAUUAAGAUUAAUGAAUUGAGAGCCAAAUUGGACACAGUAGAUGACAAAUCGACUGAUAUCGAUGAUCAGAUUGAGACACAUAAGGCACAAAUCAAGCAGCAAUUGGAUUUAGUUGCCAAGGACAAACCUCGUUUGAUUGAGUUGCAAAAACGGGAGUCAGAAUUGAAACAACAGAUGUCUGAGCUCCACUCAAAACAGAGGGCUCUUUACUCGAAGCAACAUAGGUUCCUGAAGUUUGAAAAUAGAGAAAAACGUGAUUCAUGGUUGACUAACGAGAUUUCAAAGUUGAAGAAACGGGUCAAAGAGAAGGAACAAGACUUGAAACAGAUAACAAAUGAACUUAAACGUAAAGCAAGUGAUGCAGCAAGUUGUUCAGAAAGAAUCACUGAAUUGGAGACACUUUUGCAUGACGAAACACACACUGCUCAGAUUGCGUCAUUGAAGAAUCGUAUUCAAUCAUUAAAACUUAAAAUAAACCAAUGCGUUGAUCAAAGAAAAAGUUUAUGGAGAGAUGAAAUUCGUUUGAAAAGUGUGUUUGACUCGGUCACCAAUGACUACAGCAAUGCCAGUGAUCUUGUUAAUCGAACCAUGGACCGUGCUCAAGCUCAAGGGAUUGCUGCUGUUAAAUCAAUUACCAAGAAAUUGAAUCUUGAAAAAAAUGUUUAUGGAACUGUUGCUGAGUUAUUUCAUGUUAACGAUAAAUACAAGAUUGCUACUGAAGUCAUAGCAGGAACGUCGUUAUUUCAUGUUGUUGUUGAUACUGAUGCCACUGCUGCGUUGCUUAUCGAGGAAUUGAUUCGCACAAAGGCAGGAAGGGUAACAUUUAUACCUUUGAAUCGUAUUGAGGAUACGUCGGUGUCGGAGUACCCUGAUUCACAAGAGAAUCAGUGUUUGCCAUUGAUUUCCAAACUCAAAUAUAAUCAAGAAACUGUUGGUAAAGCAAUGAAUCAAAUUUUCGGCAAAGCAUUAGUGGUUAAUGAAUUGCAAAGAGGAGCUGAACUUUCACGGAGGUUUAAGUUGACAUGUAUCACAUUAGAUGGUGAUAGAGUUGACACCAAGGGUGUAUUAUCAGGUGGUUACCGUGAUUACAAAACAUCUCGAAUUGAUGCAAUGAAGUUGCAAACGAAAAAAAGGAACGAAUUGGCCAAGACUGAAGCUGAAUUGACUAAAGUUGGUCAAGAGAUAUCCAAUCUCAAUCAAGAAAUGACAAAUUUGAACAAUGAGUUGCAAUUGAGUAUUCGUGAUUUGGAUAAAUUGGAAGGUGCUAAAGAACCAAUGGAAAUUGAGAUGUCACAAGUAAAGGCUAAGAGGUUCAACAUUGAUGAGGAAAUUUCUGUAUUGAAGUCAAAUUCGGACUCGUUGCAAUCAGCAAAGUCAAUUUUGACUACCAAUUUGAAGCAAUUUGAGAGGGAAUUGAAUUCUGAUUUCACCCAAUCUUUGAGUGAGGAAGAAGUUGAGCAGCUAGAGUCUUUUAAUCACAAACUUGUUGAAAUUGAACGUGAAUUGGAUGACGUUGUGACUUCUGCAUUGGAAUGGGAUACUGGAAUAAGUGAAUUGGAGAAUGAUGCUGAAAGUUUAAGAUUAAGUUUGAACAUGUUGGUGCAAGAGAAACUGUCACUAGGCGAUAAAUCAUCAUUACAACAAGAAUUCAACGAACUCAAUCAAGAAUUGGAAUCAUUACAAAUGCAACUCGACACAGCUCAAUCCCAUAAUGACCAAGCUAGUGAAAAUUAUUCCCAAAUAGUUGAGGAAAUCAAUGAAAAUGAAAAGAGUUUGAAAACAGCCAAUGAACAACAAAUUGCCACAUUGAAAGAUUUUGAAAAAUUCUCCAAAUCAGCCACGAAAUUGCUCAAUCAAAAACUUAUUAAAGAACAAACUAGAGAUGAAGUGAAUAAGAAAAUUAGAGAAUUGGGUAUGUUGCCCGAAGAAGCAUUCCAACCUGAAAAAUUUGACAAGUUUAAUUCCAAUGAUCUAGUAACUCAAUUGAACAAGAUUAAUAAACAAUUAACGAAAUAUUCCCAUAUUAAUAAAAAGGCCAUGGAACAAUACAAUCAGUUCACCAAACAACGAGAUGAUUUGAAUUCACGAAAGGAUGAAUUGGAUGAAUCGAAGAAAUCAAUUGAAGAUUUGAUUUGUGAAUUGCAACAACAAAAAAAGGAUGCAAUUAUGAAUAGCUUUAAACAAGUUGCCCAUGCUUUUCACGAAAUAUUUGAGAAAUUGGUGCCUCAGGGGGUGGGGUAUUUAGAAUUGCAAAAGAAGAAGAGAACUGAUACUCAAACUCAAACUCAAACGCAACGACACCAAAAUGACGAAGAUGAUGAAGAGGAGAGUUCUAAUAAUGAUGUUGAUGACUCAAUAGACAAUUACACCGGUGUUUCCAUCUCAGUAUCAUUCAAUUCCAAAAAUGAUGAACAACAAAAGAUUGAGCAAUUAUCUGGUGGACAAAAGUCACUAUGUGCAAUCGCCCUCAUCUUUGCCAUUCAACAUUGUGAUCCAGCACCUUUUUACUUGUUUGAUGAAAUCGACUCAAAUUUGGAUACCCAGUAUCGUACAUCAGUGGCAUCAUUGAUUCACUCACUAAGUGCCAAUGCCCAAUUUAUAUGUACAACUUUCCGAUCGGAGUUGUUGUCAUUGGCUGGUAACAAGUUUUAUGGGGUUGCCUUUAAUAAUAAAGUGAGUAGUAUUGUUGGAAUCGACAAGGAAGAAGCUAUGAAUUUUGUUGAAGGGCGAGUGAGCAGCUAA